AUCAAUUCACACCGAAUAGAAAUGUCUUCAAUAUUUAUUCUUUUGACUGUUGCUUUCUGUACGGGACAGUGUUUACCAGUCAGGGAGACGGUAUUCGGGAAUGUACGUGGAAAAAUAUCUACACGUGUUCCAGAUAGACAAGUUGAAGAAUAUCUUGGUAUUCCAUAUGCAUCUCCACCUAUAGGUCAUUUACGAUUUAAGAGGCCGAAGGACCCAAUGAUAUGGAAGCCUUUAAUUUUAAUAACGACUGAGCUCCCACCAGCAUGUCCGCAGCAGUAUGCAAACUAUGUAAAUUUUCAUAAACCAGGGUUUAUGAGCUUCAAUGAAAACUGCCUUUAUAUGAACAUUUAUGUGCCAAAAGUCGAUAAAGUGGCACUGCCAGUUCUAUUUUUUAUUCAUGGAGGCUCCAACACAGUUGGAAUGGGAGCCAUGUUUGAUGGAGAUAUACUAGCGGCACAUGGAGAGAUAAUUGUUAUUACCUUCAAUUAUAGACUAAAUGAUCUGGGAUUUUAUGCAGAUCCAAGUAAUGGAAUAAAAGGUAACAAUGGUCUAAUGGACCAAGUAUUGGCUUUGAAAUGGGUAAACAGAAAUAUAAAGUAUUUCAAUGGUGAUCCAUCUAAAGUUACCAUACAUGGACAUAGUGCUGGGGCUAUGGAUGCUGCUCUUCAUUUACUCUCAAGUUUGACUAAAGGUUUAUUCAGAAACGCAAUCAUCCACAGUGGCUCACCAGUUUCCCCUUUGGCGUUAUCUCCUUGUGUAAGAACAAGUCGAAUGUCAGCAAUCCCAGAAAACUGCCGACUUGGGACGAGUCUUGUUGUCGAUGAUGAACAUCAGAAGGCUAUUAAUAAAUUGUUGGAAGGAGGUGAUGGAUAUGAAUAUUUUUUAACAAAUAGAUCUUUGAAGGAUAAUUGGAUAGUUGUUGACGGGGAUUUUUUAACAGACAGUCCGGAAUAUUUGUUUACCUGUGGACAAUUGCAUGCUGAUUCAGUGUUAAUUAUGAUGGCACGAGAUGAAGCCUGGCCAUUAGAUAUGUCAGGUAUGUUUAUCAUUGAAACAUUACCCAAUUAG